AUGGACGAAUAUCAAGGAAUUACAGAUGCUAUUAUCGCAGUACAAGAGAAUGUUAAUGUUGAAGGCGCUGUUCCGAAGUUGAGUCCAGAAGAAUUAGCGAUAUAUAAUAUUUUAAGUGAUGCAAAAAAAGUUACUUUUUUGAAGGUACUUGGUCAAAGAAAGGAAGAAGGAAAGAAAGAAGGAAGGAAGGAAGGAAAGGAAGAAGGAAAGAAAGAAGGAAAGAAAGAAGGAAAGGAAGAAGGAAAGAAAGAAGGAAAGAAAGAAGAGCGUAAAAGAGGA